AUGCCUCUCGUCGACCCUGUCACGAUGUCGUCUGCUACUGCAACGCCGAACCGUCGUCGACGAGGCGGCCCGUCGGCCAAGAGCAGCUCGCACGACGAUUCUAUCACCACCACCAAAAGCGCCACCAACAGCAGUCUCUCUGCAUCGUCGCCAUCUUCCACGCCUCCGGCCUAUGCCACCUCGCUCGCCCUGGCUUCCCGACACGGCAGCCCGUUGCUGCUGCUGGCUGGCCUGGCCCUAAGCUUUGGCGGGUUGGUGGGCAGUGGCCCCACGCAAGACAGCAGUAACAGCACCAACACUACCACCAACACGACUGAAGACGGCUAUGGCACUGGCAUCGGCGCGCUGGCCGGCCUGCUGGUGGCCUCGACGGUCGUGCAGGUGGCUGCGGCUGUGAUUGGGCUGCCGCCAGCAGGUUCAGACGCCGAGUCGCAGAAGAAGCGGCGGGCCCGCAAAGACCAGCGCAAGCCCAACGUCAUUGUGACGACCUUUCUCUCCCUCCUGCUCACCGUUCUCGCCGUGCCGCUCGUCCACGUCGUCCUCGUCCUCUUCGGCGCCCCCUUUCUCGUCCACGCCCCCAGCACUCUUCUCUGUGCCGGCCACAUCGCCGUGCUCGGCCUCUUCCCCGUCGUCUUCACCCACGGUACCGACAGCCCCGGAUGGCUGGCCCUCAUUUCCGGCGAUUUUUUUUCGGCGGCUGCCAAGGGCGGCCUCUCGGUCGCUGACGCUGCUUCUGCCGCCGGCCUCUGGGGCACCUGCAUCGGUGCCUGGCUUGGCGCUGUGCCCAUUCCACUCGAUUGGGACCGGCCGUGGCAGCGCUGGCCCGUCACCAUCGUUGUCGGCGCAUAUGUCGGCCACGCCGUCGGCCGCCUGCUGGGAGGUGCUCUGCAGCAGCAGCGGAGAAGCUGA